AAACCAUUUUCGGCAAGAAGUUCAAUUCCCAGCUCGACCACCUUAUAUGUUGCUUGUCUUAAAAUAAAAAUCCUCUGUCAAACAAUUUUGGACCUCAUAAAAAAACUACAUAAAAUCCCAAACAUGUAUUUUCAAGAAUCCGCAACAGAAGAUUCAGCCACCACUGUUCUGCACCCAAUCAAUUUCCCAUUUUUCAACCCCAUCAAAGUCCAAAAAAGAACAUAAUGGUUGGAACUAUUUCUGGUUCAGGAAGAUCAUUAGCUGAAACUCAUUCUUCUCCAUGUUUGUGCUUGAAUCCUAGUCUUAACUCAGGCAGUUUCAAUUUCAAGACUAGUAGGAAAUUGGGAUUGUGGAGAAGCUUUAAGGGGAGAAAGCAGUUGAAUUUAACUUCCACUUUCUUGGAAGCAUGGUGUGAGUGGAGGUUAUCUGCAAAGAUGAUAUCUUUGGCUGUUAAUAGGGGUUCAAGAAAGAGACAAAAGAUUGGGAAAUUCACUGUUGUUGGUGGGCUGGAAGUGGAGGAUGAUGAUUCAGGGGAAGAUGUUACAAAUGAAAUGAUCAAUAUUAUAACUUACAAAGCUGUGCGGACUGUUCUUCAGCAACUCUAUGAGAUGAACCCUCCACAGUACACAUGGUUUUACAAUUUUAUAGUAAACCACGUGCCUAACACCGGGAAAAAUUUCCUUCAGCAGCUUUUCAAGGAAAGGCGGGAACUUGCUGAAAGAGUGAUGAUAACACGUCUUAGCCUUUACAGCAUAUGGAUGCAGAAAUGUGAUCAUACUGAAUUAUAUAACAAAAUAUCUGAUCAGAACGUAGAACUGAUGCGUGAACGACUCACUCAAACUGUUAUAUGGCCAUCUGAAGAUGAUGAGAUUGCUGGAAGUUUGGAUUGAUUGAUGAAGAAGCCUAGCUCUCUUUGGUGUUUCUGCCCUUCCUUUUUUACAUUAGUCUUGAUGAUAGGCAGAACUGUUAUCGGGUGGUUGUCAGUUGUUCAAAGUAAUAAUUUAGCUAUGGAUAUGUUUCCAUAUUCCCAACAGAAGGUUGUGAGCGCUGAUGAAUAGAGGAUGGGGAAGGCAUCAUUCAUGCGUAAACUUUUAUUUUUCUGAUGGGAUGAAGUAUGUAAACUAGCAUUUUUUUAAUGAGUAAAUACAUAAUUACCCCA